CGAAAAGAAAGUUAACUAUUACAUCGUUGUUGGCCGAUUUGGAUUACCUUUGGUUUUCCAAAGAUAGAUCAACCAGUGCGCAAAAGGAAGCACACAAAAAGUGUGCUUCUGUCUGAGAACAUCAGAAUUUCUGAGGGUAUGUCGCCGGACAAGACACAACCUGGUGCAGGUGAGACAACUCGAGACGAACCGGUUCAACUGUCAAAACGUAAGAAACAACUAGAAAACAUAAAAGGACAACAGACCGAACAAACAAGUGGUAUUCGUCAAACAUGGACCCAGUGUGCAGAAGAUGUUACAGUGAGGUUGAAGGUGGAUGGAUUUAAGGAAACCGAUGUUGAAAAUCUUGAUGUCCAGUUUGCAGAUACUGAUGUUGCUGUCACAUUGCCAGAUGGGCGCAGUAUAUCUGUGGUGUUCUAUUGUGAUAUUGAGAGGGAAAGGAGCAGGGUUGCUGUCAAGAAGCAGACCAUCAGUCUGUACAUGAAGAAAAAAAUACCUGGGCAUUGGAAGCAGCUAGAGACAGAGUCAGAUGAUGCGGUACCGGCAGACACAAUCUUGCCGGAUCCAGCUGAUAUUGUGCAGGGAACUGAUGUCCAGGCGCAAGAAGGAGGAAGUGACAUGGGUUCAGUGAGUGGAAAGCUGGGAACCAGUCUACCUGAUGCAAGUACCACCUACAUCGAACUCACACAAACAUGUGGGGAGGACACUGGGGAGAAGUUCAUCAAAGAAGAAGAGCCUGUGGUCGAACUUCAACUUCUGAAACACAGCUUCAUUGAGAAGGAUGAUGUGAUGGUAGUGGACAUGUAUGUGAAGGAGGUGGACAAGGACAGCCUGAUGGUCAACUUCCGCCCAGAUACCGUACACAUCAAGUUCCAGACUAGGAAUGCCCAGUUUCUGAAGUUACACAAGGGUAGUACAGAGGAAACCAAGUUCAGCUGGAGUAUCAGACUCAAGGGUCAGGCACAAGAGGACAAGUGCUCGUUCAAGGUCAAGCCAUCUACUGUUUCCCUGACAAUCACUAAGAAGGUGUUUGGCCGCUGGGGAGAUCUAGAGGACCUCAAGAGAACAGAGAGCCCAGCAGUGAGGAAGUCUGAUGACUGGCUCCCCCUGAGCAAUGUGAGCGCAGUAGGCCAGGGUGACUGGGCGGAGGGAACCAGUGGGGAGGUAGGUCAAGGGAGGGGAGCCGGUGAAGAGACUCAACCACAGAGGAAGGUGAUGUUUGACGAGAUGAGGCAGAACAUUGAGCGGGAAAACCUGAACCAGAAACCACCAGAUGAAGGCUAUUCUGCUUCCACAUCCAAGGAAUCACCCAAGAAACCUACAUGUACAGUUCAGCCACUGACUACCCAGAAGGAUGACUUGUGGCCCACAGUGAGCCCUGGAUAUACGGGGCUCGACAAUUUAGGGAACACGUGCUUCAUGAACGGUGUGCUGCAGUGUCUUGUCAACACUCGCGAGUUCAGGGAUUUCUUCCUUGAGGGAGACUUCAAGCCUGACCUAAACACAGACAAUGUUCUGGGCAGUGGAGGCAAGCUGGCUCUAUCCUUCGCUGUGCUGUGUAAGGUCCUCUGGAGUGGGAAAUACAUGACAUACCCUCCGUCUAAACUCAAGAACCUGGUAGCACAGAAGGCUAGCCAGUUUACAGGAUUUGCCCAGCAUGAUGCCCAGGAGUUCAUGGCCUUCCUCUUGGACGGGCUUCAUGAGGACCUGAAUCGCGUGAGGACAAAGCCAUACACAGAGACGGUCGAGGACCGAGGUCGGGCGGAUGAUGUUGUGGCAAAUGAGGCGUGGAGUGUGCACAAAAAACGUAACAACUCCUUCAUUGUGGACCUCUUCCAAGGGCAGUACAAGUCCAAGCUUGUCUGUCCUGUCUGUGGCAAGGUGUCAGUCACGUUUGAUCCAUUCCUGUAUCUGUCCCUGCCACUACCAAAGCGGCAACGGCUACUGCCCGUCACAUUUAUGUGGAGAGACCCGUACAGGAAACCAGUCAGGUACAUGUUGCGGUUAGCAAAGGAGGCAACGGUUGAAGCCAUGAAGGAGCAGCUGCAGAAGAAGACCAGAGUACAGCCAGAGUCGAUUCGUGUAUUCGAAGCUUACAAGGGUCGCAUACAGAAGAUAUUUGGUCGUGGGGCAAGUCUCGUCAAUGUCCAGGCCAAUGAUCAAAUAAUAGCGUGUGAGGUUCUAUCUGAACAGCUGGCUGGAGAGCCAGUCUAUGAGGUGGCAGUCAUACAGCGUACAAUAAUGCCCACACAGUUCCCAUCGCGAUGCAGCAGCUGCAGGAAACUGUGUCCAGAGGGCUCCAAGCUGAAACGAUGUACCAAGUGCCUUAAAGUGGGAUACUGCGACCAGGUGUGUCAGAAGCAGCACUGGCCGUCUCACAAGGCAUCGUGUAAGUCAAGCCCCGAGCCCGUGGGUACACCAUUCAUCGUUAGCGUACCGGAGUCCAGGGCUACAUUCUCCAAACUUUGCCACCUCAUGGAGUCAUAUGCAAGGUACUCUGUAGAGAUGUUCCAGCCCCCGGUUAAAGCUGACCAUGCUCCCAAACUGACAAGCCACGCCUCUUCCUCCAACCUCAGUAGCAGCAGCCAAUCAUCCGGCAGCCAGACUAGCCUCGAUAGCCAGUCGUCUUUCAGCAGCUCAUGCACCAUAACAGCAGAGCAGGAGCACCGUGACGACUUGGGAUCUCCUGACAUCUGUGAUACAACAAUCCCAGAAUCGCCGCUCACUUCACUUCCUGUCAACAGUGACUCAGCAGUUUUCAGUGAUUCCCGCCUUGGUGUAUGUGCCAGUGAAAGCAUGUCAAGCAGGAACAUUUCUCCUGAAGUUAACAUUUCUAUAGGAGACAUUGAUAUAAAAGACAAAGACUCUUUAAGUAAACCUGAUAUAGGUUACAGCUCAGUAUCAGAAUUGAACACCAGUUCAGCUUCCACCUCUAACGCACCUGACACCAGCAGGCCAAUAGGGGCCGAGGGGGAGCCUGAGAGUUUUACAUCGCCAGUAAGGCCUGUCUUGGGUGUCCAGUCUGGGGACCCAGAUAGGCCCACUCCAAUGUUUUACAUCAAACCUGUCAAUUCUGAUGGGGUGGGGCUUACUGGGUCAGAUGGGGAGAGGCUAGAGGACAAAGGUGACAAUUCGUUAGACCUUACGAGCAAGUUUUUCCUAUCCAUUGACUGGAAGAACAAUGACAAACUGACGGGAUAUGUCCUCAUACAAUCGAAGGAAAUGGAGUUUGACUGUGAUAGUAGCAUGGUGACAGCCUCAGUUGAAGAUAAUGAGAUCAGCCUGGCCCAGUGUAUGGAGCUGUUCACCGAGCCCGAGGUUCUCUCACCUGAAGAGGCUUGGUUUUGCUCCCAGUGUAAGGAGCACAGGGAGGCCUCCAAGCAGCUGUCCACAUGGAGACUGCCCCACACCCUCAUCAUCCAGUUAAAGAGGUUCUCAUUUAGGAACUUCAUCUGGAGAGACAAAAUAGACAAGAUGGUCAACUUCCCCACCAGGGGCCUAGACCUUUCAUCAUACUACAUAGGGAGCCGACCACAGGAUGAGCCCCCACCCAUCUACGACCUGUACGGGGUCGUGAACCACCAUGGAGGCAUUCUCGGCGGCCACUACACUGCCUUCGUCAGGUGUGCGGAGAAAAGUAACACACUGAAGAGUGAAGUGGGAUGGCGCUUAUGUGAUGACAGUAGAGUUAGUUCAAUCAGCCAUGAGAAGAAUGUGGUGACCAAGUCAGCUUACCUCCUGUUUUACCGACGUCGGCAGGCCUUCAUCCCCCCACCCACAGCCUCUCCUGUUGGCCUGUCUGAUGAGGAUGAUGAAGCAGAAUUUCAGUCUGCACCAGAAGAUCAUGAGGAGGCCGACAACAGUUCCCAGAAUGUAUCUGAUGGUGACAAUCAAGGGAAACUACUCACAAACAACUCCCCAGCAUCCACUACUGGAGAGUCUGACAGUGACAUGUUACCUGAUCUUGACACACACAGACAAGAUGGUAUGGUGUUUGACAAUGACUUUGAAGACUGCAGGGACCUUGGUUAUACUGAUAUGGAUUCAGUUGAUUAAGUCCAACAUUUAAUAAAAUCUGUGAUACACCUGAAUAUAUCACAAGCCUCUGUGCAUUUAUUGUCAAAAUCAGACUGAAUCAAGGACAGGGUUCGAAUUUAGACUCGCAUACUCGCAAAAUGCGAGCGAUAUUUGGAAAUUGCGAGUGACUUUUAUUGAAGCUCGCAAAAUUCUGCGAGUGGCUUUUUCUAGACCACAAAAUGUUAAAAGGAAAGUAGAAUAAACAUGAACUUAAUUCCGCUAUGUAGUCGAGUGUGAACAGCCUAUAAGUGGCAUGUUUACACUACCGGUAUAAAGAAGACAGUACGGAGUCACGCUCUAGUAGGUUUUCAAAAAUAGAACAAAUACGGAAAAGGCCGAGUUUUAUCUCGAAUCUUUCCAGGAUGCUCCGAGGCGUGCAUAAUACAAAGUAAAUACGAAUGACGUAAUCACCUAGCUCAAUCAUUGGCUAAAUUUAGAGCUUUUGCGCACUAUAUGUAAACCCCAUCAUCCUUUGAAUACAUUUCCGCCCAACUGUCAAAUUGAAUAGACUUCGUUGAUCGAUAUAGUUAAUGGUCCAAAGUAUCCACGCUACAUUUACUGUUGCUUUUUUAUUUUAAAUUUAUUAUUUUAUUGUUUUUAAUACUUACAAGCUUAAUGAAAUCUGUAGUGUGCUUGUCGAAUGGGUAUUAAAUUACCCGAUGGCGAGGGUAAAUAUACAAAGUGAACAAUGUCAAAUUAUUGGACAGCUUUGUUAUCAAAAAGCUGCCAGCAUCAGACUAGUCUUUCCAUACCCCCCAAAUAGAAUAAGCAUCAACAAGUUCUAGUAGUCGAGUCACUUUUAAAUAUUCAUAAUAUGUCUUAGGUGUUAAUUUCUACUUUAAUAAGACAAUAUUAUAAGGGAAUAAAGCAAAUAAUAAAAUUGCAAGUUGAUUUGUCAUUUUGCGAGUUGCCUCAAAAUGCACUCGCAAAAUUUUGCGAGUGUUCCUCAAAGUUAAAUUCGAACCCUGAAGGACCGGGGUGAAAUUAUUACUAAUCCAGUGAUAUUCAAAUAGAUAUUUUCACACAAAAACACAACCUUCAGUAACCAUGGACAAGUCAAAAUGAAUAUUUCUAGGUAGGAAAUUUUAUCAGCUUUAAAACACUAUUCAAAUUCUGAUUAUCAUUUGAGUGGUUUAGAAAAAAAUAAAUUAAGUAGAUUCAUGGGUUUGUUACAUUUCCUAUUUUGUUAAUCCAACUUUUGAAGAUCAAUUGCAAAAAAAAUAAUAUAGGUAGUGUAUACACAGUUUAUAGAAUAUUGCCAAUCUAACAUUUGACGAAAGUUGUAGUGUCCGUGACGCAUUAUUAACACAUCAUUUUCAAUCAAUUUAUUAUGAACAACUAUUUCUGGGUUUGAGAAACCACUUAAAAUAUUGAGAUAUUUCUGUUUUUGAUAAAAUCACAAUUCUGAUGCAAAAGCUUGAUGUAGUGUCCGUGACACGGUAGUGUCCGUGACACAGUCAACAGUUACUCCCAUUAUCUGUAAUUAUUUUCAUAAACUUUUACUAUAUAUAUAUUCAAGGUCUUAAUGGAGUAACAAAAGGUCCUAAUACAUAUUAUAUUUAAUAGCAUAAUCAUAUAUUUUUUUGAAGAUUGCAAUGUAGGAAGUAGGAGAGUUUUAAGCCUUUCUCAUGAAAAAUGUAUAGCAAGAAAUGCAAUACACUAAGGUUUUUUUCUUCAAGCGUUCAAGGUUUAAAUUACACAAAGUGAUAACAAAACAAUAAACACAAUGUUUACAAUUUGAAAAGAUAAUACAUCAUGGACACUACAAAUGGCCACAUCUGAGAAACCUGAAGUUUCAGACAAAUAUCACUUUCGAUUAUGAAAAGAGAAUAGGGUACUUAACUUCAAAUGUAAAAUGAAUACCAUUUGAAGAUUUUCAUUUUUUACCCCUAUGCAUCAUAGCUGCUCAAAUGACUGUGAAAUGGCUGAACUUUUUUCAGCUGUUAUAAGGUCAUCUUUGAUUCCAUGAAAUAAAACACAACAUUUAUUAUGCUUUAUGAAUAUGGUUAACUAUAGAAACUAGCAAUCAAUUUGUUUAAAUGUUUCGUUGUGAUUUUAAUUUUACAUUAUUACUUUGAUCAGUUAAAUUACUUUCGACAUUUCAUUUCAUAUAAAACUGAAUUUACAAGUUUAAGGACUGUAAUUAAAUGCAAUUAUAUUCGAAGAAAUCUUUGAGGUAUGAUAUUGAUACGAUAUGCUGUGGUAUGAGGGAAACUGGCAGUACCAUUAUCAUUGUAUUAUUUCACGUAAACAUUUUCCUACAACUGAAAUAAUUUUAGCUCCUUUUUUUGUUCUAAGCAAAACACUGACUUUAAAGUUUGUGUUUGAAGAAAGACUUCUUUGACGUAAUUUGCAUUGAAUAAUGCAUGUAAUAUGGUAGUAUUGUCAGAAUAGAUUGCAGACUGCGUGUACUGGUGUAAUUCAAAGUAAUGUCCUUUUUAACAGAUUUUUUUACAUUUUUGUCAUACCAUUGUUUGUCAUGGUUACUUGUUUUUGUGCAUUAUAUCUGUUAAAGCACUUCUAAUUUUAAUGUAGCUUAACAGAAAGUACUGUAUAGUGGCAGUUGUAUGGACUGUUGAAUGAAGUGAGGGGCAGAUUCUAUGGAUUGUUGUAUAAAAGUGAGAAUUGGAUUGUAUGGACUAUUGUAUGGAGUGGAGAGUGGAUUGUAUGGAUUGUUGUAUGGAUUGUUGUAUAAGGUGAGGGGUGGAUUCUAUGGACUGUUGUAUGGAGUGGAGAGUGGAUUGUAUGGAAUGUUGUAUAAGGUGAAGGGUGGAUUCUAUGGAUUGUUGUAUAAGGUGAAGGGUGGAUUCUAUGGACUGUUGUAUGAAGUGAAGAGUGGAUUGUAUGGAUUGUUGUAUAAGGUGAAGGGUGGAUUCUAUGGACUGUUGUAUGGAUUGUUGUAUAAGGUGAGGGGUGGAUUCUAUGGACUGUUGUAUGGAGUGAAGGGUGGAUUGUAUGGACUGUUGUAUGAAGUGAAGGGUGGAUUGUAUGGACUGUUGUAUGAAGUGAGGGGCAGAUUGUAUGGACUGUUGUAUGAAGUGAAGAGUGGAUUGUAUGGACUGUUGUAUGAAGUGAAGGGUGGAUUGUAUGGACUGUUGUAUGAAGUGAAGGGUGGAUUGUAUGGACUGUUGUAUGAAGUGAAGGGUGGAUUGUAUGGACUGUUGUAUGAAGUGAGGGGCAGAUUGUAUGGACUGUUGUAUGAAGUGAAGAGUGGAUUGUAUGGACUGUUGUAUAAGGUGAGGGGUGGAUUGUAUGCACUAUUGUAUGAAGUGCAGAGUGGAUUGUAUGGACUGUUGUAUGAAGUGAGGGGCAGAUUGUAUGGACUGUUGUAUGAAAUGAAGAGUGGAUUGUAUGGACUGUUGUAUAAGGUGAGGGGUGGAUUGUAUGCACUAUUGUAUGAAGUGCAGAGUGGAUUGUAUGGACUGUUGUAUAAGGUGAGGGGUGGAUUCUAUGGACUGUUGUAUGAAGUGCAGAGUGGAUUGUAUGGACUGUUGUAUAAGGUGAAGGGUGGAUUCUAUGGACUAUUGUAUGAAGUGCAGAGUGGAUUGUAUGGACUGUUGUAUAAGGUGAAGGGUGGAUUCUAUGGACUGUUGUAUGAAGUGAAGAGUGGAUUGUAUGAAGUGAGGGGCAGAUUGUAUGGACUAUUGUAUGAAGUGAGGGGCAGAUUGUAUGGACUGUUGUAUGAAGUGAGGGGCAGAUUGUAUGGACUGUUGUAUGAUGUUAGGGGUAGAUUGUAUGGACUGUUGUAUGAAGUGAGUGGUGGAAUAUAUGAUGGACUGUUGUAUGAAGUUCGGCAUUGAUUGUAUGGACUGUUGUAUGAAGUUUGGCGUUGAUUGUAUGGACUGUUGUAUGAAGUGAAGUGUGGUUAUAUGGGCUGUUGUAUGAAGUGAGGGGUGGAUUGUAUGGACUGUUGUAUGAAGUGAGGUGUGGAUAUUAUGUUUUCUUAUUCACGUUUUAUUGGUACUGUACCUUAUUGGUAAAAACUUGGUUUGAAAAAAUGUAAGAGUUAGCAUCAAAUGUUUGAAACAGACUUGUUCAUUUAACAGACUGGCAUUGCUUCAUUUAACAGACUGACAUUGUUUUAGUAAACAGACUAAAAAAUUUAUAUUUCACAGACUGACAUUAGUUCAUUGAACAGACUGACAAUGUUCCAUUUAACAGACUGACAUUGCUUCAUUUAGCAGACUGACAUUUCUUUAUUUAACUGACUGACAUUGUUUCAUUUAGCAGACUGACAUUGCUUCAUUUAACAGACUGACAUUGUUUCAUUUAGCAGACUGACAUUACUUCAUUUAACAGACUGACAUUGCUUCAUUUAACAGACUGACAUUGCUUCAUUUAACAGACUGACAUUGCUUCAUUUAACAGACUGACAUUGUUUCAUUUAACAGACUGACAUUGCUUCAUUUAACAGACUGACAUUGUUUCAUUUAACUGACUGACAUUGCUCCAUUUAACAGACUGACAUUGUUUCAUUUAACAGACUGACAUUGCUUCAUUUAACAGACUGACAUUGCUUCAUUUAACUGACUGACAUUGCUCCAUUUAAAAGACUGACAUUGUUUCAUUUAACAGACUGACAUUGUUUCAUUUAACAGACUGACAUUGCUCCAUUUAAAAGACUGACAUUGUUUCAUUUAACAGACUGACAUUGUUUCAUUGAAUAAACACUAAGAAAAAAAUCAAUAAAAUCUGGGACAAAUAUCUUCAUCCCAGAUUAAAUGUACAUCUGAAUUUGAUACAGAAAUGUUCUUUGAUACGUUAUCAUUUUCGAAUGUAAGAGUCUUAUGUUCUGUUUUCUCCUAGAGUGUUGAUCAAAUUGGUGUGUGUUUUAUUGUACAUAUAUUUUUACCUGUACUUUGCAUAUUCAUUUCCGUUGUAUUUAAACACAUUUUCAAUUGUUUGUUACUGAAUAAAUUCCCAAAGAGCAGA